CUUCCCUUUGGCUUUAAACUUUCAUUAGGAGUCAGUUUGACUCCACAAUAAGGCAACAGGAAAAUAAGGGGGGAAAGAAACAAAACAAAAGCCCCAAGAGAUUCCGACUACAUGAGAACAUGAUAAAUUUACGUGCAUGGGGUUGCAUUUACUUUUGUAUGCUGGUAGUAUUUAACCCAGUGGAUCUAACAGACAGCAACCGAGCAACAGACAAAGAUACAUUGUGCAGUGCCUGUACCAGGAGACAGAACAGCAAAUCUACAAGGCUUGAAGCUAUAAAAAUCCAGAUACUUAGCAAACUUCAACUGGAGCAGGCACCUAAUAUUAGCAAGGAUACUAUAAAAUAUCUUUUACCCAAAGCACCACCUUUACAAGAUUUAAUAGACAGAUAUGAUGUUCAAAAAGAUGAAAGUAGUGCUGGUCACUUGGAAGAAGAUGAUUAUCAUGUCACUGCUGAAACUAUUAUUAUAAUGCCUACAGAAUCUGCCAUAUCCAUUGACAUGAAAGAAAAACCUAUAUGUUGCUUUUUUAAAUUCAGUUCUAAAGUUCAGUUGACUAAAAUAUCGAAAGCACAGCUCUGGAUACAUUUAAAGCCUGUUCAAAAACCUACAACAGUUGUUGUGCAGAUCUCGAGACUCAUUAAGCCUUUGAAAGAUGGUACAAGAUACAUUGGAAUCCGCUCACUAAAACUUGAAAUGAAUCCAGGUUCUGGAACUUGGCAGAGCAUAGAUGUGAAAACUGUACUGCAAAAUUGGCUGAGGCAACCCGAAUCCAAUCUAGGCAUUGAAAUAAGAGCAUUUGAUGGAAAUGGGCAGGAUCUCGCAGUAACCAGUAAUGAAGAUGGGCUGAGUCCAUUUAUGGAGGUCAAGAUUAUAGACACACCAAAACGAUUCAGAAGAGACUCAGGUCUUGACUGUGAUGAGUAUUCAACUGAAACAAUGUGCUGCCGAUACCCAUUAACAGUUGAUUUUGAGGCAUUUGGUUGGGACUGGGUGGUUGCCCCAAAGAGAUAUAAUGCUAACUACUGCUCUGGAGAAUGUGGAAUUGAAUUUCUACAGAAAUACCCACACGGUCAUGUUGUUAAUCAAGCUAACCCCAAAGGUCCUACAGGUCCAUGUUGUUCCCCAACCAAAAUGUCCUCCCUAAAUAUGCUAUAUUUUAAUGAUGAUGCAGAAGUGAUCCAGGGAAAGAUUCCAGCCAUGGUAAUUGAUCGUUGUGGGUGCAUAUAAGCAUUCCUAUUGUCCAUCAUGCCAUGAGAUAAAAAUGAUAAUUCAGGCAAGUAUACACUUCUUUUCAUAUAAUAGAUAUAAUACAGAACAGCAUAUAGUAAUUGCUGUAGCACUGCGAGAAUUCUAUUUGGAGCUGUAAGAAGAAACCAUACUACCAUAUAAAAUACAAUUAAAAAUGUAUAACAUAAUUGUUAAUAAUAUCACUCAGCUUAACUAUGAAUAUUACGACAUUUUAUAGUAACUUCACUUUUGAAAGAAAUUUCCAACACAAAUUCAUAAAAAGUAUAUCUAUAUGUCAGUGCACGUACUUCUAAAAAACUUGAAUACAUAACACGGAACAAAAAUUCCAUGCAAGUAAAAUGCACACAUUUCAGAUGUAUCAUGGCAUGGAUAACAUUUUAUACUUGGCAGAUAUUACUUAUACAGUAUAUGGUGUUAAAGACAGGUAAAUUCUACAGUAUAUGGUUUGGCAAAAUGAGACUGGUUAGCUAAAGACUGGUAUUUUAUUUUAUUAGACAAAUAGUAAGGGGAUUAAGUUUAUAUGUGUUUUUUAACUGGCAAAAUGGAGUAUAGAAAUAAAUGUAUUUGCUAUGGUCACUUUAAAUCGUAUUGCCCAUUUAUUUGCUGGGUACAUUACCCUUGAAAAACAUGCAUGUUGCAAUUGUUUGGUCCACUUAAGGAAAAGUGGUAUUUUGGUAAGUGUAUUAACUAAAAUGCUACAAAAUACAAGCAUACUUUUUUUUUUUAUAGGUUUUAGUCAUUUAUAUCUAUAUAUAAUAUACAGCAUAUAAAUUCAAAUCCUUCCUUUGAAUGGAAUUGGAACAUUUUUUUUAUACAGGAAAACUGUUUUGGUGCUGUAAGUGGAAACCACCACCAUGGGAAAUGCCCAUCUAAGAAUGUUUAUGCAUCUAAAUAAAAGUCAGAAAAGCUAAUUUUGUGGCGCAAUAUACAUUAUACCCUUGUAAAUUGGACUUCUAAUGAAGUGUAUUCUACAUAUUAUUUUAAUUUUAAAAAGAUCUAUAUUUUGUUUUUAUUGUCAUUAUUAUUAUUAUCAAUCAUCAUCAAUCAUUUUUAUUUAACCCUUAUUAAAUUCCCCAACAAUCAAUUUGUUCAAACAGAGAUAAUGAUAAAGCCCUGCAGUCCAAGCUUCAAGGUUUCAGAUAAGGAGUGGCCCAUUAUACUAAAGAGUCGGUAGUUUAUUCUGAAAACAUAUUGUAUCAAUUAUUUAAAUUUUUAUAAAAUCCAAAAAAAACACAUAUUGAGAAAUAACAACACUUUGGGGUCUGUUUAUGAAGCCUCAAUUUUUCUCUUCAAGUUUUUAGGGGGAAAACGUAAGUUUUUUUCGAGAUUUAUUAUGCUCCAAAGCUGCUAAAAAUCGGAAUCCAAAAAUACUCUACCUAAAAUCUGUUGAAGUCAUGUAAUAGUCAAUGUCCCUUUUACAAUUUGAAGAUGUUUCUUGCUUUCAUGAUCUUCAAGGGUUUCAGGCUUGUUUUAGUUCGAUAAUCCAAGAAAGUCAAGUUUUUCUGGCGUCAAAUCGAAAAAAGUUGUAUAAUUCGACCAUCAAAUCAAAAAAGUUGCAUGAUUUAAUUUGACACAUGAUUUUGUUGUGACUUUUUCCCACGCCA